AUGGAGUUUUCAGGGAAUGUAUUGAGUGCACUCCCAAACAUCAUCUCUGUUAUUACUGCGGAAGACCUGGUCUAUGUUCGUGGGAAGACGAGUAAACAGGAAAGUCUUUGCAUGAUUAUUGACUCGAUGGGGGAAGCUUCUUCAAAGGCACAAUAUUUGAAAAAUAUUAUAACGACUAUGGAAAAGUUCCAAUCAUCAUCACAUAAAUUAUACUUAAUGAAAGAUCAAGAAAAUAAGACAGUAGUUGGAAUCCUUAAAGUUGGAAUAAAAAAAUUAUUUAUCGUGGAUAGGAAAGGAAGGCAACAUGAAAUUGAACCUUUGUGUGUUUUAGAUUUUUACGUACAUGAAAGUUGUCAAAGAUCAGGUUAUGGCAAACAAAUGUUUGAAUACAUGUUAAAAAAUGAACAAGUUAUUAAUCCUUGUAAAUUAGCAUUUGAUAGACCUUCAGAUAAAUUUAGAUCAUUCUUAAAGAAACAUUAUAAUUUAGAAAAUUUUGUUCAACAGCCGAAUAAUUUUGUUGUGUUUGACGAGUAUGGUUUACCAGAUAACCCAAAUUUACAUUUACUUAAUAAAGCUCAUACUCGUAGACAUUCUACAGAAAUUAAAUUAUCGAGUGAAAGAUCAGGAACUUAUCAUAGACAUACAAGAUCUCUUACACCAAAUCAUCAUUAUUACACUUCACCACUUUUCAAUAAUUCUUCACCAGCUCUCUCUUCCUCUUCAAUCCCCUUAGAAAACAAUUAUACUUCAGUAUCAUCAAUUAAUCAUUCUGCUCCCCCUAAAGAAAUUUAUGUUCAAAGAAAAAGAGAACUAAUUAGUCAACAAGAACACGGCAAACAAUCUUUAUAUGGUAAAAAUCCUAUUUCUUGGGAAUGA